AUGCUAAGCAGGAUCCAAAAUUAUGCCAGUGGGUUAGUUUCUAAGGCAAAUCUUUUAUCAUCAAAGGCCUUAUACUAUGGUAAAGUCGGUGCCGAGAUCUCAAAGCAGAUUUAUUUGAAGGAGGGUCUUCAACCACCAACUGUUGCUCAGUUCAAAUCAGUGUAUUCGAAUCUUUAUAAGCAGAGCCUCAACUUUGCCCUGAAGCCUACAGAAGUUUUAUCGUGCCUAAAAAACAUUCAAAAGAACGAACUAUUAAAAUAUGGUGCAUAUGGUGUUCAGUUAAUAGGGUUUUAUUCUGUCGGUGAAAUAAUUGGAAGGAGAAAAUUGGUGGGAUAUAAACAUCACUAG